CUGCAGUUGUCAGUAGCUACAGUACGUUUUCCCGGGUCCAUGUUGAAGUUUGUUAACCCAGACUUUCUCGCAUACUCGCUUCGUCAGGUCAUUCCAGGGCACGCGUUGCAUCCGUUUGACCCCGCUCGCAGGUAGAAGAAAACCGACUACACCCGCGCGAACUCAGUUGGAGAGGAAUGCACCAGUGGAGUGUUGGAAAAUAACAUUUCUGUUUGCCGACCUGCGUAUGAGGGCUCGGUCUGGUGGGGCUCGGCAGCUCCUCAACCCGGCCUGGAGACUCCUCGGCUACCUCACUCCCUCUCUCCCUCUGGCUCCAAUGGUGUAAGCUGACGCAUCACCGUGGGGGAUUCUGACACUCUGCACACAGCCCAGUAGUAACCUCCAGCUCUAUCUCCCUCCAGCCCAGUAUCAGAAGGCAGGGGAGGGUAUGAGAAUGGUGUCUAGGCCCUGAAGCCCAGCAGCAUGUCAGAGCAAGGAGACAAAUGCACCACCCCCCGCUGGAAACAUGAAGCCAUGCAAAAUGGGUACAUCCCCAGUUACCUGGACAAGGACGAGUUAUGUGUAGUAUGUGGGGAUAAAGCUACAGGAUAUCACUAUCGCUGUAUCACCUGUGAAGGAUGUAAGGGUUUCUUCCGGCGAACGAUCCAGAAGAACCUGAACCCGACGUACGCUUGUAAGUACGAGGCAAAGUGCGUCAUCGAUAAGGUGACCAGGAACCAGUGCCAGGAAUGCCGCUUCAAGAAGUGCAUCGCUGUCGGCAUGGCAACAGACUUGGUGCUGGACGACAGCAAGCGGCUCGCCAAGCGGAAGUUGAUCGAGGAGAACCGUGAGCGGCGGCGGAAGGAUGAGCUCCAGAAGACGGUGUGGGACCGGCCUGAGCCGUCCCAGGAGGAGUGGGACCUGAUCCGCAUGGUCACCGAGGCCCACAUGUCAACUAACGCCCAGGGCAACCACUGGAAACAGAAACGCAAGUUCUUGGUCGAGGAAGCAAUGCUACUUAAUGAAAUAACAUGUAAUUUAUUCUAUACUUCUGACCAGAGUGCAGUGGGGGUGAAGGAAACCAAGCCUGAGGACAUUGGUCAAGCACCGGUCAUAAAUGCACCUGAAGGGAGCAAAGUGGACAUUGAAGCCUUCAGUCAGUUUACAAAAAUUAUCACCCCCGCCAUUACCCGAGUGGUGGAUUUUGCCAAAAAGCUGCCUAUGUUCUGUGAGCUGCCUUGUGAAGACCAGAUUAUCCUAUUGAAAGGCUGCUGCAUGGAGAUCAUGUCUUUACGGGCGGCCGUUCGCUAUGACCCCGAGAGCGAGACGCUGACACUUAACGGGGAGAUGGCCGUGACCCGCGGCCAGCUGAAGAACGGAGGCCUGGGUGUAGUGUCGGAUGCCAUCUUUGAUUUGGGCGUGUCGCUGUCGUCGUUCCACCUGGACGACUCUGAGGUCGCUCUGCUACAGGCCGUCAUCCUCCUGUCCUCCGACCGUCCGGGGCUGACCAGCGUGGAGCGUAUUGAGCGCUGCCAGGAGGAGUUCCUUCUGGCCUUUGAACAUUACAUCAACUACCGCAAACACAAGGUGGCGCAAUUCUGGCCCAAGCUGCUGAUGAAGGUGACGGACCUGCGGAUGAUCGGGGCGUGCCACGCCUCCCGCUUCCUGCAUAUGAAGGUGGAGUGCCCCAACGAACUCUUCCCCCCACUCUUCCUGGAGGUUUUUGAGGAUUGACGGACAGACGGGCCCACACACCCUGCCGAGGUGUGUGUCAGAGUGUGUGUGUGCGUGGGCGCCUGGCCGGGGCUACGACAGUGGGCCUCAGAGUGGCUCUAGGCGUCUUGGGACACGUUGUUGGAACUCUCAUUAGCACUACUGAGUCACUUCAUUCCAUACCUUAGGUGUAGCCUAGCUUCUCAGCCUAGUUCUUAUGGAUGGAACCAUCCCUUAUGAUGCGGGUACAUGUGAAUAGCAUUUUCUUUUGGUUUUUCUUUUGUAAAUGUUUCACUUCUCAGUUACUUCUCUAGAAGUUUUUGUUGUGUUAAUUGUACAGUCUAAUUUCUGUCGUCGACGGUGCUCGUUCAGUCAGUCAUACAAACCAUGCAACGUGUAGUGUUUCAUUUUAGUCCAUUUUAAUACCGAAUGCUGACUCCACCAACACUGAGAAGGUCAGUGACAGACAGCAGAAGCCAGCUAACCAGCAUUAUUCCCUUCCAUUUCGCAUUCUAUUCCUACGAUACUUCUCCAGUCAACGGAUGUGGAGUAGCUUUCAUACAGGUGUCCUUCUGAUGCUGGUGUUCUGUGAGAGCUACAGUUGAAGUCGGAAGUUUACAUACACUUAGGUUGGAGUCAUUAAAACUCAUUUUUCAACCACUCCACAAAGUUCUUGUUAAAAAACUAUAGUUCUGGCAAGUCGGUUAGGACAUCUACU